AUGAUGAGACAGGCUGCUCUUGGAGGUAUGUACAAAAGCUUUAAACUAUCUAGAGUGGAAUAUAGCUUGUUACAAUUUGUCAACGACACUAUCAUGUUUGGUGAAUGCUCAUGGGCUAACUUGUGGCCAAUGAAGGCUUUACUCAUGGGUUAUGAAAUGGUUUCUGGCCUAAGAAUUAACCUGGAUAAAAGUAAGAUUUUUGGUGUUUGUUGUUCCUCAUACUUCCUGCAAGCAGCCUCGGCUUUUCUGGGGUGUAAGGUAGACAAAUUCCCUUUUAAGUUCUUGGGAUUUACAAUGGGCGGUAAUCAAAGGUCUGUUAACUUCUGGAAACCGGUGAAUAAUUCCUUGAAAGCUAAGAUUUUAGUUUGGAAGGGCAGGCUCCUUUCCAUGGGUGGUAAAGUCACUCUAUUGAAUAGCGUUCUUUCUAAUAUAUCGAGCUAUCAACUUUCCUUUUACAAAGUCCCGUCUAAAGUGAUUAAGGAGAUUAGGGCACUCCAAAGGAGGUUCUUGUGGCAAGGUGUGGUGGAUAAGGGAGGAAUGUCGUGGGUUAAUUGGGAUAUCGUCUGCAAGUCUAAAAAACAGGGGGGGCUCGGUGUCAAGGAUAUUGGCAAGUUUAACAAAGCAUUACUAUCGAAGUGGAUAUGGAGAUUUAUGGUUGAGGAGGAGGCUAUUUGGUGUGGUUUUAUGAAUGUAAGAUAUGGUGAUUUGAGAUCAAGAAUGUGGAAUAUUGAUGGAGGCAGUUGUGGUCCGAAAGACUCAAUUUGGUGGAAGGAUUUAAUGGGUUUAUGUGUUGAUUCUCAAGGAAUUAUUAACAAGCUGUCUGUUAAGUUGGGCAAUGGUGAAGUUGCUGGUUUUUGGAAUUCUCGCUGGCUUGGCAUAUGCAAACUGGCUGAAAUAUUUCCAAAUCUGUUCCAGGAAAUAUCUUCAAAAAAUGCUUCUGUUAGUAACAUGGGGACCUGGUGUGGUGAGGUCUGGUCUUGGAAAUUUAUCCAAGCAGAAGAGGUUUUGGGUUUGGAAGCAACGAUAGAGUUGGAAGAACUAAACUCACUACUUAUUGAUGUUCAUCUAAAACUCAAUGUUGUAGACGAGAUAGUUUAA